AUGUCCUUCUACGAAGUCCGGGGCAAAGUCGCCCUCGUCACCGGCGCCGGCUCCGGCAUAGGCCAUAGCCUGACCCAGCUCCUCCUCGAGGCAGGCUGCUCCGUCGUCAUGGCCGACCUCCGCCUCCGCCCGGAAGCCGAGGCGACCCUCGCCCAGUAUCGCGGCCCGCCUUCCCCACCCGCCGGCGGCCCCGCCUCCGCGCACUUCCACCGCACCGACGUCGCCGACUGGGCGCAGCUGCGGUCCCUCUGGGAGACGACCCUCGCACUCUUCGGGCGCGUCGACAUCGUCGCCGCCGUGGCGGGCAUCUACGAACCCCCGGAGAGCAGCUUCUGGUUCCCGCCUGGCAUCUCAGCGGAGUCCGGGGAUCCUGCCGACGCGGCCGUGGGCCAGUACCGCAUCAUAGCCGUCAACCAGGUCGCGCCGAUCCGGCUGGCGCAGAUGGCCACGGACUACUGGACGCAGAACAAGGACGUGCAGGGCAACUUUGUCGCCGUGGCGAGCGUCGGCGGGUAUGUGCACUCGUUCGAGACGCCGCUGUACAUGUCGGGUAAGGCCGGGCUCGUGAGCUUCGUCAAGUGCAUGGGCGGGCUGAGGGAUAUCUGCGGGAUCAGGUACUCUGCCAUAUGCCCGGGAGCAGUCCUGACACCCAUCUUCGAGCCCGAGUGGAACAGGAAGGUGACCAAGGACGACGUGCACAUGACGGCGCGUGAGUGUGCCGCCAUCAUUAUGCGUGUGAUGCAGGAGCCCGAGUACGGCGCCGGCAGCGUGGUCGAGACGCAGAAGAUCGGCACCCACGAGAAGUCCGAGAUUACCGUGAGGGAUGUGCCGCUGGAGGCAUUGUAUCCCGAGAUUCCAGAGGAGCAGAAGCAAAAGUGCGACGAAUCUAAGCCCCGCUGCAAGAAAUGCCUCGACUACGGCGUGACCUGCACCUACGGUCCCUCCUCCGAAGCAGCGUCACUAUCGGUCGAGGUAGCCUUCAAAGUAGACCUAGCCCCUUGCCGUGUGAAAACCGCCGCGGCCCUUUCCCGGAAACCCGUGUCUUAUCUCCCCCGCACCCUUCCUCCCCCGCUGCCGUCCACCGGCUCCCCCGAAAGCCCGGACGCGGCCUACCAACUAACACCCAUCGACGUCCGCCUCCUGGAGCGCUUCCAGAAGCGCACCGUCAUCAGCUUCGGCACGCCCACCACCAAGGACAUCUACGAGCGAAAGACCCUCCCCAUCGCGUUCCAGCACCCCUUCGUGAUGCACACCAUCCUCGCCCUAACCCACCUCCACGACAUGUCCCUCACAACUACCACACGUACCGCCAACCCCGCCUUCACCUACCACUGGUACCGCGCCAUCUCCCUCCUCCACCGCAAGCUCUCCAAGCCUAUCCUGCCCGCCGAGCGCGACGCCCUCUGGGUCGCCGCCGCCUUCGUCGGCGUCGCCUCCUUCGCCAACACCUCCGACAUCGCCUCUCCCCGCGACGCCUGGCCCCUCCGCCCGCCCUGCUGGGAGGACCUCGACUGGCUGAAGCUAGGCGACGGCAAGAAGCAGGUCUGGCGCCUGGCGGACCCGCUGCGCUCCGAGGGCAUCUUCCGCGACGUCGCGAACGAGCUGUACACGCACGUCCUCCUCCCCGCCUCGAAACUGAGGUUUGGCGCCGAGGACGUGGCGUUCAUGCGCGCGAACCUCCCCGACGGGUUCUGCGAGCUGUACAAGCUGGAGGAGGGGCUGCCGGAGGAUAACCCGUACUGGACGGCGGCGGAGUCGUUGGCGGCGUGUUGGGGGCGGACGGCGAAGCCCGGGUCGCCGGAGGAGGCGAAGCCGUUCUUGACGUUUCUGAGCAAGCUGGAUCCGCGGUUUAAGGGGCUGCUGGAGCACAAGGAUGAGAGGGCGAUGCUGAUGCUGGCGUAUUGGUUUGCUAGGGUCUGUAACCGAAGGUAUUGGUGGAUGUGGAGGCGUGCUGUGCUGGAGACACUGGCAAUCUGUGAUUUCAUCGAGCCUAGGUGGAGAGGACGGUGGGAGGCCAGAUUGGUAGAUUUCCCGAGGAAGAUGGCGGAGAGUUGCGGACUGUGA